AUGGAUUCCUAUCCAUAUAGCCAAUCGUCUAGUUAUCUUAAUCUUCUUCACAGUCAACAACCAAGUGUUGUCCAUGAAAACUUUCCUUAUGAAAGUUAUAAUUCUAGUAGUGUUAACCUUGGAUCAUCAGAAGUCCCUCCAUUCAGUUCACAACAAACGGAGGCUCCAACUCAACCUGAAGUCACACCAGCCGAGCGUAGGGAGAGGAAGAAAUGGACACCAGCUGAUGACGAGGUUCUGAUCAGUGCGUGGCUAAACACAUCUAAGGAUGCUGUUGUCGCAAAUGAUCAGAAUGCACGGACCUUCUGGAAACGCGUUGGAGAGUACUAUGCAGCAAGCCGUCAUGCUACCGAGUGUGAGAAGAGAGAGCAUCUCCAUUGUAAGCAGAGGUGGCACAAGAUAAACGAACUCACCAACAAGUUUUGUGCCGCAUAUGCUUCUGCAGAGAGACAACAAGCCAGUGGCCAGAAUGAUCUUGAUGUGCUGAAGCAGGCUCACGCGAUCUAUUACGCGGAUCAUGAAUCGAAUUUUACUCUUGAACAUGCAUGGUGUGUGUUGAGUUUAAAGAGAAAAACGGGUGAGACUGGUUCCCAAGCGUCAAGCUGUGAAGUUGGUGAUCAUGAGAGCAGGCCUGAAGGUUCUAAGGCUGCAAAAGCAAGAAGGAAUAACUCUAAAGGGAAGUGUGUUGAUGAGGUUAAGAGCAUUUGA